AUGACGGAUAUUAAGAAAGCAACUCGAAGAGGAGAAUUGGUGUGGGAGGAGCGAAGACAGAUAGAAAUGGUGGCAAUCUCACUCUACCGAGGAAACCUUCACAGAGUGCCCGACGUUACUCGCCGAUGGCUAAUGCCAACCAAUGGUAUUUCCCUUAAAGAUUUCCGUUCUCUCCUCUCCCGCCGUUCCGCCGCCUUAUCUCGCCUCCGCUCUGCCGCCGGAACUUCCUCCAACCCUAACCCCAUUCUUCACAAAGUGAAGCUGGAGAAAGAAGAAGAACCCACCAACGCCAUUGGCUGUCCCGCUCGGCCUCAAGAGGAGCAGCCACCGAAGGUGAUCAAUCCUGAAGAGGAGGAGGAAGAGGAGAAGCCUGCUCUGAAUGGGAAGGGCAAAGAAGGAAAAGGGUCGGAUGGUGAUGACUGUGUUGCGAAAUCGGUGGGUGUGUCUGGAUCUUCGCCUGGUUCUAACCCUAUCGUGCCGGAGAAUGCUUCUGAUCCCGCGGAUGGCCAUGGCAAUUCCCAGGGUGAAAAGGCCGUGGCGGUUUCGCAAAACCCUAAUUUGGAGGCAAACAAAAAUGUGGAUGCAGUAAAUGAUCAGGAGAAAAGGAAAAGGGAGAUUGAAGAGAAGUUGCAAAUUUUGAAUGCAAAGAAGCAUAAUUUAGUACAAGUGCUGAAGCAGAUCUUGAAUGCAGAAGAGGAAUUGAAGAGACGGAAUAAUAUGCAAGGAAUGACAAUUCGCCCAUCUGGUCCACUUCAUAUUGAUACUACAAAUGACUCUGGAUCAUUGACUCGUCAAGUUACUCCCAGGUUGGGUUCAGAUGCAAACCUUGGUGGUGAGAUGGAAGGUGGUGAACCUGAUGAUAGUUCAAACCAUAAUAUGCAUUCUCGCCAUUUGCUUCGAAUGAGCAGUACAUCACCGUCUUCAGAUUCUCCUCUUAGAAGGCCUUACAUUCAACAUAAUGCAGUUCCACAUCCAUCACGGGCAACUGGUAGUCCAUCGCGCUUUGCACCCAUAGGACACCAAAGUCAUCCUGCAAAUCUGCCUACUGUAUCUGUAUCAGGGACAAAUUACAUUGCCUCCUCUCCUUCCCCUGCAGCAUCUGGUGGUACUUCAGUUUUUCGAGAUGCUCGGCUGCCAAGUCCAUGGAAUUAGAAGCUAUUCUGCAUGCAGUCUGGAGGUUUCAUGCAAGCAUUAUCUUUGGUACCUCUGAUUUAGCAUGAAAUCUUUGUUGAACACUGUUGCUACCUUUUCGUAGUUUUUUAUGUAGUGGGACAAGAAAACCUCUUUCUAGUGUCAAGUUCUUGGCUCAUUAGGUCUUAAAAGAAUUGAAACUGGAUGUAAUCUGCUAAUUGUUUUUUUGUUUUUAUUUUAUUUAUUAAAUUUAAUUUUGAAUAGAAGCAGCUCAAAGGUAAACUAGUUCAUGAAUCAUCAGUUCCAAUGUUGUAAAAAUCCCCAAAUUUGAAGAUUCAUACAAAUUUUAAGCUGUAAAUAUUGUCCAAAGAAAUAAUGUCUUGAGUGGGUUGUAGAUCUUCUAUUCUCUAGAAUUUUAUGAAUUUUGAUCACUGUAAAUGCUACUUUUUAAUGAUAUCAUUCUUUGCUCCCUAA